AUGCUUGAAGAAGGGAGGCCUUCCCGGGCGGCCAAAGACGCCGUCCUGAACAGCAGGCUAAGGACUGAUGGCACUGGCGCUCAGGCGGCCCCUGCAGCGCAGCAGGUUUCCAAACAAGCACGUAUCACAGAUACGUUUCCUGUGCGCAAGGGCCCUGCUGCACCACACAAAAAUGCAAAGACGACCGCAGUUGCCACGCCAGCUCCUAAAUCAACGGCCACCGAGCGCACCAAGGCUCGCGCCGCGCGCACCUCUGUGGCCACCCAAGCAGGAUCCACCCGCGGCCGCAAGCGGCGAAACCCACCACGGACUGCUACAGAUGAUGAGAACGACUUGCAGGACGACGACGGUUGGAAACCGCAACAGCAGCAGCAGGAAGUCAAAGAAGUAACAGCAACUGUCGGUGCCAUUGCCGCUUUUCUGUUCGGGGAGAAGAUCCUGGGUCUCGCGCGGGUAACUGGCUGGGAGCGGGACCAGCACGGCGAGGUGCAUGUGAUUGUGCGGCACUACAAGAAGCCGGAGGAAACACACCUGGGCCGCCAGUCUCACCACCACAGUCGCGAAGUGUUUUUGGGUGUGGUGGAGCACACGGAGCCCGUGGGAUGCAUCUGGGGCCAUGCAUACGUCGUGCCCCCCGACCGCUUCGCGAGCACGUCAGGGACUGACGUCUACAUCUGCGAGUACGAAUAUGACGACAAGUGGAAGCGCUUCCGGCGGUGCCUGGACACGGAGGACGGUUUGGGUGCUGCCAGCGAUGACGACGACGAGUGGGGCGCCGCUGCGGCGGCCGCGGAUGGACGGGGCCGCCGCCGCGGCAGCGGAGCCGCUGUGGACAGCAACGAGGACAGCAGCAGCAGCGGUGAGGACGACUUGGAAGAGGAAGAAUCUGACCGCGAUGUGGAGUACAAGCCGCGCAACACGCUGGACGGUUGGGUCAUCCGCAAGCCGCGGCCGGGUCAGGCGAGGCCGCCCACGCGCAACGGCGGCCGCUCUGCAGGCCGAGCCCACUGCUACAAGGCCAUUAUAGACGAGAAUGGGUCGGGUCUGCUGCUCGACCAGGGCGCCGCCGCAGUGCCGGACCGCGGACCCGUGGGUCAGCUGGCGGCUGCUCGACGCGCUCUGGCGCUCAACAACUGCUCCGGUGGUUUGCCUUGCCGCGAAAAUGAGAAGCAGGCAUUGAGGCGGUUCAUCGGGCAGGCAGUGGAAGAGGGUGGUGACAGUCCCGGGGUGCUAUAUAUUUGCGGCGUGCCGGGCACCGGCAAGACCGCCUGCGUAAUGGAGGUUCUUGGAGGCGUGCGGGCAGCGGCACAGAGCAGCGGGGUGCAGCUGGUCAUCCUCAACGCGCUGCAGCUACCCACUCCACAGCACGUGUACUCCAAGUUGUGGGAGCGCAUGUCAGGUCAGCGGUGGGGCCCCGCUCGUGCGCUCAAGGCCCUGGAGGAGUCGUUUUCCGGGGGUGCUCGGCGUCACAUGACGUUGCUCAUCGUGGAUGAGAUUGAUGUGCUCAUAACCCGGGACCAGGCGGUGCUUUACAACCUGUUCGAGUGGCCCAUGCGGGAGGGCUCCCGACUGGCUGUCAUUGGCAUCUCCAACACCCACGACCUGGACAGCCGAGUGCUGCCACGCAUCGCAAGUCGGUUAUCGGGUUCCAAGCUGGCGUUCAACCCCUACAACUGUGACCAGCUCCGAGAGAUCCUCAACAGCCGCCUGCAGGGCGUCACAGCAGUGGCAAAGCCUGCGGUGGAGUUCUGCGCUCGCAAGGUGGCAAGCACGACGGGGGAUGUCCGGCGGGCGCUGGAGCUACUCCGGCGGGCCACGGAAAUCGCGGAGACGGAGCUUGCGCUUAAGCAGCAGCAGCAGCACUCACAGCAGGUUGGCGGCGGCGGUGCGCCGCCACCGUUGGACGUGACCAAUGCUGUGGGCGCUAGGCAGGCCCAUGCCGCGAUCAAGGAGAUGUAUGGCAGCAUACACAUGACGUUGCUGCGGUCUGCGGGGCUCUACCAGAAGUUGGUGUUGGCCGCGCUGGUGGUGGAAGUGCGUGCACAGAGCAAGCUAGAGGUCACACUCGGGGCGCUGCACCACCGGCUGACGACCCACUUGGCGCUGUUGAUGAAGGACGCGGCGCUGCCGUUGUCGCGUGCGGUGGAGGCGGCAGCUGCUCUGGGUGCGCAGCGGCUGGUGCUGGCGGAAGCGGGCUGGCAGGGCCCCGGCAUGAAGCUGGCACUCAAUGUGCCCCUGGACGACCUGGUGGAGGUGCUCCGUGCCGACCCCGCUUUGGCGCCGUGGAAUCUGUGCCCGGAUCAACGGCGGCGUCAAUAUCACUCUCCUGGUCGGCUCGCGGGUCAUUGCAACCGGGUCGUAAUCGUCCAUUGGCAGAGGGGUGCUUCCACGCUUCUACUGUCGAAGGACUUUUUUCCGCUCUUUGUCGAGAUUGAUUUUGGAAACCUCUGGGGACACAAUGUCGCAUCUUAA